GGAGGAAGAGCUGGGGAGCGGCCGCCUUCCGACCGAGCUCUGGGGGACAGCAGGGCGGGAGAUGUGCCUGUCCCCAGCGGCACAAGGAGCACCAUGCACCCUGAUGCCACCGACCGCGGCGCGCCCGGCCUCAGCCUCGGCCGGCAGCCGGAGCCCGUGGCUGCCGCCGUUCCCGAGCGGCGCGCAGCCGGAGCCCGUGAGCCGCGGCCGGCGCCUCGAGCCGCUAGCCGCUCGCCGCCGGCCGCCCCGGCCGCCGCCGCGCUCGGGAUCGUGGCGCUGGUGCUGGCGCUGUCCUGGCUGGGGCCCGGAGGGGGCGGGGGCUGGGAGCCCGGGGAGCGCGGGCUCUGCUUGGUCCUGCUCCGGCUCUGCCUCUACCUGGGCUGCGCGGCGGCCGCCUUCCUCCUGGGCACCCUCGUCGCUCUUGUGGGCCACAGCCGCAGCGCCCCGCAGCCCCAUUUCGUCGGCCGCUGGGGCCGGCUGACCGGCGCCUCCCGGGCUGGGGGUGCGGCCGCCCGAACGCUCCCCGGGAGUCCUUUAUCUGGAAAUUCACAUGAGUCUAUCCAGUCCAGAAGGGUAGUGAUUUCUCAUAACAUGGAUAAAGCUCUGAAAGAAGUGUUCGACUACAGUUAUAGGGAUUACAUUCUGUCCUGGUAUGGGAACCUCAGCAGAGAUGAGGGGCAGCUAUACCACCUGCUCUCCGAAGAUUUCUGGGAAGUCGCCAAACAGCUGCGCCACCGACUGAGUCAUGUGGAUGUGGUGAAAGUUGUCUGCAGUGAUGCUGUCAAGACUUUGCUCACCCAUUUCUGUGACCUUAAAGCUGCCCAUGCCAGACAUGAAGAGCAGCCGAGGCCCUUUUUAUUACAUGCAUGCUUAAGGAACUCGGAUGAAGAAGUAAGGUUCCUACAAACAUGUUCUCGGGUUCUCGUGUUUUGUCUCCUCCCCUCAAAGGAUGUCCAAUCUCUCAGCUUGCGCAUAGUCCUUGCAGAAAUUCUCACAACAAAAGUCUUGCAGCCUGUGGUGGAGUUGCUGAGUGACCCUGAUUAUAUUAACCAGAUGCUACUGGCCCAGCUGGAAUACAGAGAACAGGUGAAUGAGCACCACAAGAAAGCCUACACGUAUGCUCCUUCUUAUGAAGAGUUCAUCAAGCUCAUUAACAGCAACUCUGACGUUGAGUUCCUGAAGCAGCUAAGGUAUCAGAUUGUAGUAGAAAUAAUACAAGCAACAACAAUCAGCAGCUUCCCCCAGCUGAAGAGGCACAAAGGCAAAGAGACAGCUGCAAUGAAAGCUGACCUCCUGAGAGCCAGGAAUAUGAAAAGGUAUAUUAACCAGCUGACUGUGGCAAAGAAACAGUGUGAGAAGAGAAUUCGACUUCUGGGAGGUCCUGCUUAUGAUCAGCAAGAAGAUGGCGCCUCAGAUGAGGGAGAAGGGCCUCAGAGUCAGAAGAUUCUUCAGUUUGAGGAUAUUUUGGCAAACCCAUCCUAUCGAGAACACUUUCGAAUAUAUAUGGAAAGGAUGGACAAGAGAGCUUUGAUUAGCUUUUGGGAGUCGGUGGAAUAUCUGAAGAAUGCAAACAAGAAUGAGAUACCACAGUUAGUUGGUGAAAUUUAUCAGAAUUUCUUUGUGGAAAGCAGGGAGAUAUCUGUGGAAAAGUCACUUUACAAAGAAAUCCAGCAAAGCCUCGUAGGAAAUAAAGGCAUUGAGGUAUUCUACAAAAUCCAGGGAGAUGUUUAUGAGAGGCUGAAGGACAGGUAUUACCCAUUUAUUGUCAGUGACCUGUAUGAGAGACUGAUCAAGAAAGAAGAAGAGAAGAAUGUUUCACAACUGAUUUCUGACAAGGGUGAAGUGAGCCAAGGAGGUGAAGUUGGGGAGGAAACCAUGGAGGAAGCCAAUGAUCGGAUUAACGAGCAAGCCAGUUAUGCUGUGAACAAGCUACGGGAAUUAAAUGAGAAACUGGAUUAUAAAAAGCAAGCUCUGCAUUCUAUUCAAAACGCACCCAAACCUGAUAAGAAGAUUGUUUCCAAGUUGAAGGAAGAAAUCAUUCUUAUGGAAAAAGAACGUAAUGACCUUCAGCUACACAUAGCAAGGACGGAUUGGUGGUGUGAGAAUCUUGGCAUGUGGAAGGCCUUCAUCAACAGUGGGGAGGUUUUAGAAGAAAAUGGGGAACAAAUGCCCUGCUACUUUGUCAUGGUCAGCUUGCAAGAAGUCAGAGGGGUUGAAACAAAGAACUGGACAGUCCCCAGGAGGCUCAGUGAGUUUCAGAAUUUGCACCGGAAGCUUAGCGAGUGUUUUCCUUCACUAAAAAAAGUCCAGUUGCCUUCUCUUAGCAAGCUGCCCUUCAAAUCUGUGGAUCAUAAAUUUAUGGAAAAGUCCAAGAAUCAGUUAAAUACAUUUUUACAGAAACUGCUAUCAGAUGAAAGGCUGUGUCAGAGUGAAGCACUUUAUGCCUUCUUGAGCCCUUCUCCUGACUACCUCAAGGUUAUUGAUGUGCAGGGGAAGAAAUCCACAUUUUCCUUGUCCUCGUUCCUAGAAAGGCUUCCUCGUGAUUUCUUCUCCCAUCAAGAGGAGGAGACAGAAGAAGAUAGUGACCUGUCAGACUAUGGUGAUGAUGUAGAUGGGAAGAAGGAUGCUUUGGCUGAGCCGUGUUUCAUGCUGAUCGGGGAGAUAUUUGAGCUUCGAGGAAUGUUUAAGUGGGUGAGAAGGACACUAAUUGCGCUAGUCCAAGUCACUUUUGGAAGAACGAUCAACAAACAAAUACGAGACACAGUGAACUGGAUCUUCAGUGAGCCGAUGCUGGUUUAUUAUAUCAAUGUUUUUCGGGAUGCAUUUUGGCCAAAUGGAAAGCUAGCCCCACCCACGCCACCCCGGAGUGAGGAGCAGAGUCAGGAAACUAAACAGAGAGCACAGCAAAAACUACUUGAAAACAUUCCAGAUAUGCUCCAGAGCCUAGUUGGACAGCAAAAUGCCCGCCAUGGUAUAAUAAAAAUAUUCAAUGCACUUCAAGAGACAAGAGCCAACAAGCAUCUAUUAUAUGUGCUGAUGGAACUGCUGCUAAUUGAGUUGUGUCCUGAGCUGAGAAUUCACUUGGAUCAACUUAAAGCCGGUCAUGUUUGAGGCUCCACAAAAAUGCCUCUAGAGAAAUGUCUGUGUAAUAAUAGACAUGACACUUAUUUUCCUCUUUUCCAUAGAGGGCUGACUGAGAACUAUAUUGGUUUUUAUUUUCAGUUUUUUUUCCCCUUAGUUUUAUGUGAAGUAAACAGACUUGAAAAUCUAAUGCUGUAGUCAGCUAGAAAACAUGCCACUGUGUAAUUAUUGGUUUUUAUUUAAAUAAAAAGCUAUACAAAUACCUUAAAGUUCAAAAUA